GUCAGCCUUGCGCGCUACAUGAUAGCAGCGCCUCUGCCUACAAGGUGAACCUCUUCUUAAGUCCGCUAAGACGUCAUUUCACCACAUGAUCUAUUGGUUUUGAUUGAGUAUCAAGCAAUUUGGUACUAAAUCUGGUACCGAAUCGUCACUUCCAGCACCGACAAUGAAAAACGUACUGCUCAAACCGACAAACCCACACAGAGGGUAGGCUAGACUUAACAGACCAGCCUUUGAAGAUGUCGUCUACUUUGCUGCCACUGCAUGCUUCAGGAGCUACACAAAGCUGUGGGGUCCCAGCUAGUAAACUGGAAAAGACGCCCAGCCCCGAGCCAGACGUCGGCCACAAAAAUGAGACCAUCAAGGCCAGCCGACAGGCCUCGAGCACAACAAAAAUCGAGGAUUACCCGCUUGGUCGCCCCCGGUACGGAGCCCUAAUCGCCUCACACGAAUCCUUCCAGGUCUAUCGACAGUUCUCGUAUCUCCGGACGCGUCUGCUGCUCGAUAAACAAGACCGGCUAGCGCAAUUGGAAGAUAAGCUGCGCGAUAUCGACCAAAAUGAACAACAUCCUCUUUUCCUGUCGAGCAGCCGGCUGGACCGGAACGAGGCGCGGAAAGCAGUGCUGGCUGAGAUUGAUGUUGCGUUGUCGGAUUACGAUACCUUCAUCGAAAGAACUGCACGCACAAUACAGCCCCUCGCCGCGCCGCAGGAGCGCAACAUCGCCAACCUCCGCAACUGGAUCGAGGGCAACCCCUGCCUCGCACGCCACUACACUGAGUAUAUCACGCAGUCCCGUCACCACGACGACCUGUUAGCCCUCUGUAAGUCGCCAGACAGCGCACUGGCUCGCGUGGAGCUCUGGAUCAAGGACUUUCUCAAGACGUAUUUGGCGGCACCGUACAAGGCAUGUCCAAACUCUCUCGUUCAAUGCUGGCUACCGAAGAAAAUGUGUUCUUCCAUCUCAUCCGACGCUCAUAUCCUCAUCUACCACGGCCGCGUGUUGGGCCAGAUCGCGCGCACGGCGAUCGCGCUGCUCCUCCUCGUCUUCCUGCUUGUGCCCGUGGUAAUCUGCCACUCGUUCGGCGCGGGUCGCGAAACGGCGAGUCUGGUCGUGAUCAUUGUGUCCACCGUGCUGUUUAUGUGCAUGAUGUCGUGGCUUGUCAGAGCGAAGACGGUCGACUUGGCGAUUGUGGGGUCUGCGUACGCGACUGUUUUGACGGUGUUUAUCACGGGGACUGGGUAG